AUGCCUGAUACAACCACGCUCACUGGCGAGGCCUUCAGCCGCACCAACUUCGAGUCUCUCCUCAAGCGCCGCUUCUUCUUCACCGAAUCCUUCGAGGUGUAUCGCCAAGCCGGCGGCUUCAAAGGAGACAACCGCGGCCUCUACGACUACGGCCCCCCAGGAUGUGCCCUGCAAACCAACAUCGUCGACCAAUGGCGCAAGCAUUUCAUCAUCGAGGAGAGCAUGAUGGAAGUAGACUGCACCGUUCUCACGCCCGAGCCUGUCCUGAAGACGAGUGGCCAUGUUGACAAGUUCGCCGACUGGAUGUGUAAAGACCCGGUCAAGGGCGAGUACUUGAGAGCAGAUCAUCUCGUUGAAGGUGUGCUGGAGACCAGAUUGACGAAGCAUCGACAUACUUUGCCUGCUGAGACGAUUUCUGAAUAUGAGGAGAUCCUCGCCAAGAUCGAUAACUUUGAUGGCGACGAGCUCGGCGAGCUUAUCCAACGCCUCGAUAUCAGAAACCCCAACGGCAACGGCGAGGUCCUACCCCCAGUCCCCUUCAACCUCAUGUUCAAGUCCUCAAUCGGGCCCAGCACCGCUUCCCCAGUCUACCUCAGACCCGAAACUGCCCAGGGCCAAUUCCUGAACUUCCGAAAGCUCCUUGAUUUCGGCCAAGGCUCCAUGCCGUUCGCGUCCGCAAGCGUCGGCAAAUCCUACCGAAACGAGAUCUCGCCACGUUCCGGCCUCCUCCGUGUACGUGAGUUCCUCAUGGCGGAGAUUGAGCAUUUCGUAGACCCAGCCGCCGGAAAGCGCCACGAGCGCUUUUCCGAAGUUGCCCACAUAGAGCUACCCUUUCUUGACAAAGACACGCAGCUCUCGGGAAAGACGCACGUCACCACCAAGACCAUCGGCGAAGCCGUAGCCUCGAAGAUGGUUGACAACGAAACGCUCGGCUAUUUCCUUGCCCGGGUGUACUUAUUCCUCCUCAAAAUUGGCGUCGAUAAGAAUAAGCUUCGCUUCCGGCAGCACCUGGCCAACGAGAUGGCCCAUUACGCCUGCGACUGCUGGGAUGCAGAGCUCUUAACGAGCUAUGGCUGGGUGGAAUGUGUGGGGUGUGCCGACCGCAGCGCGUAUGAUCUUACUGUCCACGCAAAGGAGACAGGGGCACCUUUGGUUGUGAAGGAAGCGCUGCCGGAGCCGCGGAAGGUGACGAAGUGGCAUGCCACCUUGGACAAAAAGAAGAUUGGCCCGCAGUUCAAGAAGGAUGGCAAGAAGGUGCAAGAUGCCGUCGAGGUUUUGAAACAGGACUCCCUCGAGGCCUUGGCUGCGGAAUUAGCAAAGAAGGCGGUGGUCACUGUUCCGACGGCCAAGUUGGAAGAUGGUGCGACGUCGGUUCAGCUGUCCAAGGAUGUUUUGGCCAUUGAUCAAGUUACGGUAACCGAAACGACCCGCGAGUAUACGCCAAAUGUCAUUGAACCAUCAUUCGGUAUUGGGCGUAUCUUGUACAGCCUCCUUGAGCAUGUCUACUAUUAUCGACCCCAGGAUGUUGCUCGCGGUGUUCUUGCCCUUCCUAUUGCAGUCGCACCUACCAAAGUUCUAAUCGUCACAUUGUCGAGCGGCCAGCAGUUCAUCCCAGCAGCAAAGAAAAUUUCGGCCAGACUGAGAGCCCUCGGAAUCGCGAAUAACAUCGACUCCACCACCGCCUCCAUCGGCAAACGGUACGCCAGGAAUGAUGAGCUCGGUACGCCGCUGGGCAUCACCGUUGAUUUUGACACUUUGAAGGACGGGUCGGUGACUCUGAGGGAGCGAGACAGUAUGGCGCAGGUUCGGGCCUCGGAAGAUGAUAUUAUACAGGCGGUGAGAAAUCUUGUAGAGGGUUUGGAGAGUUGGGAGCAGGUCUCUUCCAGACUACCUGCAUUUGAAGGGCAGAGCCAGGUCGCAUAG